ACGAAUUAUUAUUCCAUGAUGGGUGUCCAGACCGAGGAGCCGUUCGGUGCGCAUUUCAUCCCGGGAGGCUUGCAGGGCUCCUCGGCCGGGUGCGCGAAGCCUUCCCGGGUAGCGGAGCAGCAGGAGGAAGAGGAGGAUGAGGAGGGGAGCCUCUGCUCACACAUCCCGGAUUUUUCCCAUUUUUCCAACAAAGCGAGCCUGAAUGGUUUUUCUCCCUGGACAAACACAGCUACCUCCUCUCCGACGUCCUCCCAGCUGCAGUCCGGCCUGUUCCACCCCCUCCUGACGCACCACCAUCCUUACUACGGCCCGCAGCCUCCAUCUCACCCCGAACACCUCGCGGCGUCCGACGGCAGGUUCGUCCGCUGCUGGGAGGGGGUGACCCCGUCCUCUGAAGCCGCUCUGUCGCAGGUGACGCCCGCUUUCCCCGCGUGUCUCCCCACGCAUCCCAGCCCCACGUAUGAAGCGAUUAAACCAGAGAGCUCCCCUCCAGCCAAGCACAGCGCGGAGGAGUCCAGCUUCAGCAGCCCGGCAGAAGUGGUCCUGGAGCGGCUGGGGACGGCGGAGGAGCUGGGGAAGAAAAACGAGCCGAAGAUGGAGAACGAGGAGAGAAAACCCCGACAGCAGCAGCAGCAGCAGCAGCAGCUGGACCCUGAAAAUCCAUCCGCCAGCUGGAUCCACGCCAAGUCCACUAGGAAGAAGAGGUGCCCCUACACCAAGCACCAAACCCUGGAGCUGGAGAAGGAGUUCCUCUACAACAUGUACCUGACAAGGGACCGGCGUCUGGAGGUGGCAGGACUCUUAAAUCUGACAGAGAGACAGGUGAAAAUCUGGUUCCAGAACAGGAGGAUGAAGAUGAAGAAGCUGAUGAUCCGGGAGAGGAGGAGUAUGAAUGACUGA